AUGAGUGAAGAUCAGGCGAAUGACAUAAUCCAGAGAUGGGUAAUCGUGACGGCUAUGGGUUACGUUCUCAUGGAGCCUCUUAUAAGCGAAGCAACUAAAAAAAAGAAGAACCUUGACCACUGCCGGGCUGCCGUCACACAUCUGAUUAAAACCUGCAGCCCAAAUGAUCUCCUGCACAGUUUACUUGAAGUAAUUGAAGACGUCGAUCCAGGAGCAAUUUCUGACACCAUCUUAGUUCUGAUUCCACAUCUUCAAACAGUGCUGCUCCGCCUGGAUGAGAGGAAGGCAGCCAGCGUGGGUUUGGCCCUGUCGGCUCUGCAGAAGCAGCUGUCUCGGCUGCCUGUGCCUUACAGCCGGCAGCAGGAGGAGGCGGAUGAGUUCGGCCUGUGUCGCUGCUGCACCGCCUUGGCUGCGUUCACGAAGCCUUUCAUAGAGGAGGUGAAGAGGAAAGACGGAAAGUGUGUCGCCACAGCUGAGGACGAGGAGCUGAAGACUGAGAUCCUGAAGUUCUACAUGAAGAGCUUGAGAGAACCUUUGCUCGAGGCCGAACUGACCGGAGACAGAAAAUCCCCACUGUGGCUCUUUGCAGUGGAGAUAAUGGUCACUCUACCCGCCAUCAAAGAGCCUCUUUCAGGGCUCCUGUUCUUCAGCUCUCAGAGGAAAAGCAGCCUGAUGGACAGCAGUCAGUCCAACGAGUCAAAAGCCUGUCUGGCCUAUCUGCUGUUUGUCCAGCUCGUAACCAUAGACAGCUUCCCAGCAGUGUUCAGUCCUGUAUUUGUUCUUCAGCGCAACAUGGAAUACAUCGAUCACCUGCUCAGUAGCAAAAAGGAAUCUCACUUGCUCAAAGGACUGGCACUGUUUACAAAAAGCUUGGAGAGCAUACAGGACAACAGCCUUCCAGUGAGUCUACUGGAACAGAAAAGCUUCUUCAGUGUAUUACAGAACCUGCGGCAAGUUCUCACCGACUGUCCGAUGCAACAUCUGAGAGAAACAGGACUGCACAUUUUCCAGCUAUUUAUUGAUAAAUUAGAUGCUGAAGCAAAACACAAGUUCUUCAGGUGCAUGUUAAAAACCAGCAACCAUGCAGGAGUGGAAAGUUAUAUAGUCAAGAACAUCAAGAACCAAAUAGAAUCUUCCAUGAAGCCAGGAAAUGCCAAUAAGUGGUUCUUGGGAGCAGAGCUUCUGUCGUUGUUGGGACUGGUGCUGUGUUUGCCACAAGGUGCCGAGACAGAUUUACUCAACAGUAUGGACAAGAUAAUGGAGAGUCUGAAUCUUCUACGCUAUGUGCUUAUCAGAGACAAAGACCUGAGAAGCAAAUUUCAGGCAGAUGUGUGGGAAGAUCUGUGCAGGAUCAAAGACGAAUACAUAAAAAUGCUGCGUGUGUGUAUCGGCAUAUCAAGAGCCUAUUAUUCCUCUGAACUGAAAGCACUGAAGGAGGAUCAAAAGCUGAAAGCAAAAGAGGCUAGAGAUGCUGCUAGAUCCAGCAGAUCAGUCAAAAACAUGACGGUAAAGCAUGAGAAAGUGUCAAAUAUGUCCCCAGAGGUCCAGCACCAGGUGUUGCAGAGUGCAAUGGUGACAUUUGACCUGAUGGAGAGUCUCAUAGUUCGUAUUGAGGAGAUCACAGAGGAAAAGCAGAGCAAAGUAAACUGAGGACACUUGUGUCAUUUCAGAUGGCUGCACAUUUUUUUCUAAGUAUACAGUUUUUGCUUUUUUUUCAUUGUUUGACUGAUUAAAGGAAAUCAAGUGCUGAA